GAGGGAGGGCAGCCCAGGCCCAGCCCUUUUGGGUCAGCCCCUGGACUCUGCUCCCCGGACGCCCAAGCCCUUUGCACACCCCACCUCCAUGCCGCGCUCUCCUCUGCUCCCCCUUCAGAGCCCAGCUCGCCCGUGACUCUGUGCUGGACGCUCGGCUGUCCCCUCCCAGGCCCGCGUCUCGCCGCCACGGCAGGGGACGCGCCGUGGCACGUGGGGCCAGUCGAGGCCCGCCGGCCGGCAGGGGGCGUGAGAUCUCUGCCUCACGCUGGCGUCCACGGGGGCCGGAAGUCCCUCCCCGGAAGGAGUCAUGGGGACGACGGCGGAAGUGGGAGAAGUACCGCCCCUUGGGCUGUGCACCUUCUUGGCGACGCGGGCUAGGGGACCCUGCUGUCAGCCUGGCUUCCUCACUUCUCCGCCGCCCGCUGUCCGCCACCCCGGUCGCCGCCGCGUCCUUAUCCGAAUGCUGGGCGGCCGGCAGUCGCGUCCGGCUGUUGCAGGCGGUGGACACGGAGCACACCGUGGACUCGGUGGAGUGGUGCCCGCUGGAGGGCUGCAGGCACUUGCUGGCGUGCGGCACCUACCAGCUGCGGAAGCCGGAGGACCAGCCCGUCGACCCGGAGAGCAAGAGUGGACUGGAUGUUGAUGAGCCUCAAAUUCGUUUGGGUCGUCUCUACCUGUAUAGUUUCAAUGAGGACAGCUCUCCUUGCCCCCUGGUUGAGGUGCAAAGAAGAGAUACUUCGGCGAUCCUGGACAUGAAAUGGUGCCACAUCGCGGUGGCCGGCCAUGCGCUCUUGGGAGUGGCAGAUGCUUCUGGGUCCAUAGAGCUACUCCGCCUGGUGCGAUCCGAGCAGAACUCUCACACACUACAGCCGUUCUCCCACUUCGCCCUGGAAAAGCAGUGUCUGGCCUUGUCCUUGGACUGGUCCACUGGGAAAGCCGGAAGAUUUCCCCACUGCUUCCCUGUGUCCAGGGCCAGUGACCAGCCCUUGAAGAUCAUUGGCAGCGACUCCAGUGGGCAGCUCCAUCUCCUGCAGGCGCACCAGGCAGGGCCAGGAAUGCAGGCUGUGGGCACGUGGCAGGCCCAUCACUUGGAGGCCUGGGUUGCUGCUUUCGAUUACUGGCAGACGGAAGUCGUGUAUUCAGGUGGGGACGAUGGCCUUCUGAAAGGCUGGGACACCAGGACCCCUGGCACAUCCGUGUUCACAAGCAGGAGACACUCCACGGGCGUGUGCAGCAUCCAGAGCAGCCCCCAUCGCGAGAACAUCUUGGCCACGGGAAGCUACGACGAGCACGUUCUUCUCUGGGACACUCGGAGCAUGAAGGAGCCGUUGGCGGACAUGCCCGUGCAGGGCGGGGUGUGGAGGCUCAAGUGGCACCCUUUCCACUCGCACCUGCUCCUGGCAGCGUGUAUGCACGGUGGCUUCACGAUCUUCAGCUGCCAAAAGGCCCUAGAGGAGAAUCAGGAAGUGUUCCCAGUCACUCUGUCCUACACCUUGCCCAACUCGCUGGUGUAUGGAGUCGACUGGUCCUGGCUCUACUUCCGCCGCUUGCCGCAGACCCAUCCGUCAUUCUGCUUGGGGUCCUCUCCUGGCAGUGACCCAGGAGCCAAAACAGCAGACCCAGUCUAUACCCUCAAAGUUGCGGCCCAGUCACCAGCACCCUGUUUUGAGCGUCUAGCUGAUGCUGAUGGAGAGGGUGGUACCAAACACCAGAGUGGAGGCAAGCUGAAGAGUCCUCUCCAGCCCUUUGCAGAGAAGAGCGGCGGCCGGCUGCAUGCCUCGGGGGUCGAGAUCUGUGACUGUGACCAGUACCUGGAGGCAGCCACCUCUGACGCCAGCCUUCUAGCUACUUGCUCCUUUUAUGAUCAUGUUCUUCACCUCUGGAAGUGGGAGAACAGCUGAGCUAGGGAAGUUACUUGGUUUGACAUCGUAAAGACCAUUUCCACCAAUAAAACCAAGAGUAUGUCUACCUUUUCUGAGAAUUAAGUAUCCUCAGACCAUCUCACUGACAUUCUGGCUGCAUGCAGGUUUUCUGUAUAGGGCUCAGUGCAUCUCAUGGAAUCUCCAGGUAGGCAGUCAGAAAAGCUGUUGGCCUCUUAAAUAAGCCUUAUCUGCUGGGGCCCUUCAAAAUGGUGAUUCUGUGGCAGCAGGGGGCAGGGUGUGGGUGGGGCAUGGUUCCCAGCUCUGUCUUGUCAGUUUCCUGUGUUUCAGACUUUCAGUUCUUCAUACUUAUUUAAGCAACUGUUUGUAUUAACUAAAAGGAGUGGCUUUGUUUUCUUAAGCUACUUUAAAACACCAGAAGUAGUUUUAUAUGAACAUUAAAAAAGCUCAUGUCAUGGCACCAGAA